CAGUCGUGCAAGCGAACAUUUUUUGCAUAACUAGAAAACUAGAAAGUAAAAUAAUGAAUGUUUACUUGGCAUGAAAUUCACCUCGCAUUCCAGCGCAUAGUUUGCGAAGGCGAAGGCUUCAUUGCCAAUUGCUCAACGCGCACUCGAAUCAGUACGAACUUGGCACGAGCCGUGAGCGGUGGUGACAACACUUUUUUUGGUGGCACGUCCAAAAAAUUCUGGUUGUCGCUGCAUAACGGCAACCAUAAAUACACCAGCGAAACUAAAACAAAAACAGUAAACCGAACGAAACGACAUCGGCAACGAUAGGAAAAUACGAUAACGACGACGACGUUAAUGCCGGCGCGCAGCGAGGCGUAAAACGUGCGAUAACAACAAAAACGAAGUACGAAGACGAUACAAUAGGUCAACAGCAACAUGCCCGUAUAUUGGGACUAUGACUGGGAUUGGCCACACGAUCACUUCUGGCACUGGCCCUCCACACGCCUUUGGCCCUUCGAUAGCUUCAGCUAUCAUGCAAGGUGUCCGACCUCGCGUCGCUGGAAGUCGACCUUUACACAUCACGAUGUGGAUGUGUGUGCGCGUGACUGGCAUAUGCAUCACUGGUCGGACGAUGGACCUUGGUGUCAUCGCUCGUGUUUGGUCAGUCGUGCGACCAUCGAGACGGGCGAUGAGCCGGACAGCAAUGGCAAGGGCACCUUUAAGGUUGUCAUCGAUGUGCAUCAUUUCCGCGAUGACGAGCUUGUCUUGAAGGUGCGCAACAAUGACACCGUUAUUUUGACGGGCAAACAAAAGGACGAUCGCGGUGAGAAAAGUAAAUUCUGCAUUACACGUGAAUUUACGCGCAAAUAUAAAUUACCAAGGAAUUACGAUGCCACUUUGGCCAAGGCUACACGUUCCACCGAUGGCGUGCUGACAAUUAUUGUGCCACCACCACCACCGCUGGACGAUGUGGAGCGUCUUGUGGAUAUCGAACCGACCGGCGCCUACUUCGGUACCACUGCCACAACGGCGGAGAAAGACAUAAAGGCUAUUGAGAAUGGUGAGAAUGGUGAGGACGGUGCGGAUAAUGUGGAGAAUGCGGAAUUGGCUGAUGAAAACGAUGCUGCUGGUGAUAAAUCAAAAAAAGCUCGUUUUGACUCCACGGAUGAGUCAAAAUGAAAAGCGACGUGUGCUGCGGUCGUUCACACUUGCGCGAAAUGGCGUGACAACUUCAAGCGGCGUUUCAAGAACUAUUGGACGAAAAAGCAGCAAAAUGCGAAGCAAAAUUAUAAAGGAAUAUGUUAGUGCGUUGCAGCUGCGGUGGUGGUGUGACAAGUUGAAUUUUCCAACAUUGUGAAAAUAAGCUUAUACUGAAAAAAAAUUUAAAAAGAAUGUGCUUGCGACUUAUGCAGCCAAACCUAAAAACCUAAAACCCAACCUUAAAAAACUAUGCACAGUGUUCUUUAAAUCACUUGAAAAAUCCCAAAAUAUAUUUCUGUUGCACUUUCGUAGCUAUCACCAAAAAUAAUCUUACUAUUAUAUUUAGAAAAAUAUUAAUUCAACAUUAUAUGCUACUACUUUAACGGGAAUACAAUGAUGCUAUCAAAAUAUUUAACUUACACCUAAGUUUCUAGUCUAAUAUACUAACGGUCUCUCCAAAAAAAGUAAUAUUAAUAACAUCUAGUGCUAAUAAUAUUAAUAUCUAAAUCAAUCAAUAAAAUAAAUAAAUUUUGUUGCUUAGAAAAACUCUAAGGACA